CAAUUUCAGAGGCGUGAAGGAGCCGAUAGAUGCUGAUGACAUACAGAACACACAGCUGUUACACCUAGAGCAGCUCGUGUAUGUGCCUGAUGAAGGUGUUCUUGUGAAGCAUCAGUCGGGCUGUGAGGAUGAGAGAGAUGAGUGACGAAAGCGGAAUAUGACGAGAAGAUCCGCGCGAGUCUGACGACAGCAGAGUUUCGCCUUUCACGGGAGGAAAAAAAGUUUGCAGGAUCUUCCAGAAGAACCUUCGAGCUUAAACGACAUUGAGAUCCCGAGUCCAUCACAGCAAAACCCGAGAGUUACCGGAGCACGAGCUCUUGUUUCAUUCACACGGACAAUAUUUAAGAGUUUCUGUCAUCAUUUAUGGAUCUGCGGUGACCUGAUGCGUGAACAGACCAUCCAGAAGAGCUAAAAUCAGCGAUGGCAUCUUACCAUAGCUUAGAUGAUGACGCAAUGGCUUUGAUGGUCCACGACACCAACGCGGUGAAGAAAGAAGAGUUCGCGAAGGACGAGCCGGUCCAGGAGCCGAGUUCGGAGAAAGCGGACCCGUCGCAGAAGCCGCCGUACUCGUACGUGGCUCUGAUCGCCAUGGCCAUCCGAGAGAGCUCGGAGAAGAGACUGACCCUGUCCGGCAUCUACCAGUACAUCAUCACCAAGUUCCCCUUCUACGAGAAGAACAAGAAGGGCUGGCAGAACAGCAUCCGGCACAACCUGAGUCUCAACGAGUGCUUCAUCAAAGUUCCCCGGGAGGGCGGCGGCGAGCGCAAGGGCAACUACUGGACCCUGGACCCGGCCUGCGAGGACAUGUUCGAGAAGGGCAACUACCGGCGCCGGAGGCGCAUGAAGCGGCCGUUCAGACCGCCGGCGGCUCACUUCCAGCCGGGCAAGUCUCUCUUCGGCGGCGACGGAUACGGCAGCUACCUGCCCGCCCCCAAAUACCUCCAGUCCGGCUUCAUGAACAACAGCUGGCCGCUCGCGCAGCCUCCGCCGCCGAUGAGCUACGCGUCCUGCCAGAUGGGCAACGGCAACAUGGGCGCCAUGAACGUGAAAGGACUGUCGGCCCCGUCGUACAACCCCUACAGCCGAAUGCAAGCCAUGGGCCUGCCGAACAUGAUGAACUCGUACAGCGGGAUGGGGCACCACCAGCACCAGCCGCAGCAGCAGCCCUCGCCGGUCCCGUCCAACAGCGCGGCGGCCCUGCAGUUCACCUGCUCCCGGCAGCCGGCCGAGCUCUACUCGUACUGGGACCACGAGGCCAAAAACUCCACGUUACACUCGCGGAUUGACAUUUGAACCGAAUUCACACCUCGUUCGAGGGGAACUGUCGAUCGUCCGAGGUAAACAGGGUAACUUUCGUUGCUGAAGAACAAACCGAGUCCCUAAAUGUUCCGGGCUGCACGGAUAAAUCAGUUUUACAUUUUAAAUCAGUAGUUUUGAUUCUAUAAGUCUCGACUUCAGGAUAAAACUUAAAAUACUUUUCAUUAAAAAAACACAUGAUCGAAAAAUUAUUUGUUUAUGGACAAUGAGAACAUUUACAAGAUUGUUUGGGACCAUUGUGAUUUUUACGUUUUGGAUUGUCAAACCAGCACUUAUUAUUUUCUAUUUGCUUUCAAUAAACUGUUUUGAUUAAAACGUCUUGGAGACACUCGA